CUAUGAAAUAUUGAUUACGGAUUUUGAAUGUUAAUUAUACAUAUCACUUACUUACCGACGUGAUACUUUCUAAUAUAAAUAUAAUCGAUCGUUAUCGAUAGGUCAUAUAUACAGUCCGGGUUAAAGUUUACUAUUUAAAUGCGAUGACUUGUUGAUUCAACAAUAAUAUUACAAUGAUUCAACAAACAGUCUUAGUCUACUAUCGUAUCAGUAGUGAUAUAGUAUAAUCCGUGUCUGUACAUGUACAAAAUUGUAAAACGUAAACGAAAAUGGUAAAGAAACUGGAGAAGAUAUCUUUGAUAAUAAUGACUUUUUUCGUUUUAAGGAUAGUUAUGAAAGGAUGUCACUUUACAUGGAAGAAAUUAUUAGCACCUAAUCUAGGAUUAGGCAUAGAUUUAACAAAGCAAGGAAGGUGGGCAGUAAUCACAGGCGCAACAGAUGGUAUUGGUAAAGCGUUCGCAAUGGCUCUUGCUAGUAAAGGUCUCGAUAUUGUUUUAAUAUCAAGAUCAUUGAUAAAGCUCAAAGAUGUUGAAAAUGAGAUAAAAGAGAAAUAUGGAGUCAAGACACGUAUUGUUGUAGCUGAUUUAACCGAAGGUCAAAUAGUUUACUCUAAAAUUCUUAAAGCUACGGAAGAACUUGAGAUUGGUAUUUUGAUUAAUAACGCUGGAAUUAAUUCUGAUUAUCCGGAAGUAUUCAUCAAGACAAAGGAAGAAAUGUUAAAUAAGAUAUUGCAAUUAAACGUGGUUAGUCUUACCAAUAUCACUAGAUUAAUUCUACCAGGCAUGAUGGAACGAAAAAAGGGGAUCAUAAUUAAUAUAAGUUCGAUAGCAGGCAUGAAUAUUUCAUGUCCAUAUUUAACAACCUAUGCAGCUACUAAAGCUUACAUCAUUAAGUUCAGCGCUAAUUUAGCUGCAGAAGUAAUUCGAAAUGGUAUUAUCGUACAGUGUAUUGCUCCUGGACCAAUUGUCACUAAGAUGACAAAAAUAAGGAAAUCAACGUGGAUGAUACCAACUACUGAUAAGUUUGUUGAGAGUGCCUUGAAAACUGUAGGAAUCGAAUUGCUAACAACCGGGUAUUUAUCGCAUUAUUUUAUUCUCGGAUGCAUAAAAAUAUUAACAUACGUGUCUGAAAAGAAUACAACCAGAUUAAUAGGCAGGACACUGCGCGAAAAUAAAAAACGUUUUCUUCGAAUAAUGAUGAAAGAGCAGAAGUAAAUGAAGAGAUAACACAAUUCUACAAUUUCCUCACGAAAUAAAUUCUUAAAAUUAAUCUCUUUUUUAAUUUAUUACUAUUCUAACAAUUCGUAAGAUCAUUUCUAUCAUUUAAAUAGUAUUGCUUAUUGUCGAAUAUAUACGUGUAUAAUUUUGCAAUUUUAGUUUUCUUCAAAUUUUCAUUGUUUAAAUGGUGAUAGAUAAUUGCGGAGUUUGAACAAAAAAUAUUUAUUACUUUUACGAAGAACUUUGUUUUACUUUUACUUUAACGAAAAGCUGAAUAUAUAAAAUGUACAUAUUUAAUUUUUUUAUUGACAGCAAUCUUUUUAUGAUCUUCUCACGUUUCUUUUUUUGUUUCUUAUUUUCUUUCUUAAAUAUUAUAAAAUUGUAAUACGUUUUAAAUAUAUACGUAAUCAUACAAAACGAUUGAAUAAAUGCUGUUAUCGUUUCCUACAAAUGAAAAAUAUAAUUUUAUGUUAAUUUUAAAAUAUCCUUCCGUUUUCUUUGUUAAAAAGAUUAUUCAAAUUAUUUAUUUUCCCUUACUCUUAUUUCCCUUAUUUCUUGUUUUUUUUUUUUCUUUUUCUUUUUUCUCUGUAUAAAAAACAAAAAAGGAAUAAUCUAUGAAACCGAUAAUUUUUCUGUAUGAAUAACAAAUAAGUGUAUAUUUACAAAACAAUUAAUUAAUUUGUAAAUAUUCACUAGGCCAUACAUCCGAUAUUUCAAAUGAGAUUCGUUAAAACCUUUUCGGUUUGUUAUAUUUUUUCGGUUAAACUUGUUUUUCAAUAAAUCAUUUGAAUUUUUCUCAGAACUAUAUUGUCAGGGAUUAACAAUUAAAACGUUUAGACAAAAAAAAUUUUUAGAUUCGAUGUUACUAAUCGGAUAACGUUGGAUACGCAAUUGAAGAAGAUCAAUUAUUCAUUCACCUCACAUCCUUCGUACUUACGAAUGCGGCAAGUGGGAUAAGUAGAAUAAAAUCGUUAGUCCUCAGUUGUUUGCUGUUUAAGAAGCAGCAGAUGUAGUCGAAAGUUUCUAAAGUUGGCAUUCACAAUAAGUUUUAUCGCUUCUCGACGAAAUAAAGGAGUUGAUUCAAAUGAUCAAAUCAAACGAACUUAAUGCUGGACUGAUGGGUGGUCACAUGACUUUCCACGUUGUUGCUCCAAGAUAAUCACUUGUUUUUUAAAUGUAUGAUCAUUAGUCACAGAUUCCUUAAGCUUCCUGAAGUUACCCAGAAAUCCGAGGUUUGGAAGUUGGAAGGAUUACCUACCUAAAAGGAUUAAUGUUUGUUUGAUAAUCCUACAUCAGAACUAAAUCCAUGUAGCCUUUCGGUCGUAGUUUAAUUGUCAAUAUGUUAAAAUUACGGAUACUUUUACCUUUCUAAUGCAUUUUUUAAACUUUCUAGGGUAAAUAGUUAAUAUAAUGAUAAGCGUUUCGAAUGGUUAGAAUUGCACGCUUUUCAAAAAUCAAGAUGAACAAUAGUCAUUUAAGGCUGUUCUUCCAAUAUCAAUUAACGAUUAUGUGUGACAUCAGCGAUUAGUGAAAAAGAAUGAACUAAAAGGACGUUAAGAGAAUUUUACCCUUUCUUUCGAUUUAGUGCUUUUUUCCAUAUCACGUACGUGCUCUUCUUAUCAAUUUUCUUACGACCACAACAAUCAAAAAGAUUUCUUCCAUCCAUGUCAACAUCUUAAAAUAUGUUUAUGUUUUCAAAUAUUUCUAUAUGUUUUAAUAAUCACUAUUGAUUGCAUUUGUACAAUAGGGAACUAAGAACAUUUGUCAAUUCGCUGCGGAGUCACUACAAGAUCAGUAUUUUUUAUGUUAUCAAAUAUUAACAUUCUUAUAUUAUCAUAUUUAUAUCAUUAAGUCACAUAUUUUAACGUGACUUUCGAAAUAAUCCAUAAAAGCCUAUACUACAUUUUUGUUGAAUAAACGAUACUUCAUAACUCGAAUAAUGCUGAUAAUGCACUAAUAUCGUUGGUAUUCGGUGAAUAUUUUUAAUAUCAUAUUGACGGAAUUAAACAGUUGAAACUUGUCGCAACUCUUACGCAAUCUAUUUCUUCAUUAUGAAAAUAAACAUGAAAUCCGUAACAUUCCCUCUCCAUGAACAAACUUUUGUGAUUCUUCGUAUCUGGAGAUAUUAUAUUGGAAGAUACGCCAGUCAGGCCAGAUUGAUCGUCAUUUCCGACCAUGUUUCUGCCAAAUGUUUUGUUUAUAUAUCUUUUAAUAAUCAAGGUGUUUCGUUAAAAUUUCAGGAUUUCUGUAGUAUUCCUACAUAGGAAAAGUUGUGGAAAAUGAUCUUGCUUAUAUUCAGUUUAUAUGAUACAUUGCGAUUAAGUUUAUUCACGUAAUGAACUAUCAUUUACCCUUAACUCUAACGCUUAACCGUAAUGAGCCCUCACCUAGCAAUACCUCGUUCCAAUCAUUUUCAUCCAGAGAAAAGUAUGUAAAUCCAUCCAUAUAUUCAGUCAAUUGAAAUUCCCAUUCUUUCUUUUAUUCAGAGAAGGGUUUGGAGAACCCACCCUCUCAGCCUGUCACAUACAUACCAUGUUCGAGCCCAUAUAAAUUCCUCCGUUCACUCACUUACUACGUUUAUACAAUAUGUUAAGUUACUACGUCUGUAUGUGUAUACGUUUGUGUAUACACAUACCAUUUGUUGCCAAGUCAUCGUCUGGUUCUUUCUCAUAACCUUAUUUAAAUCUAUUAAACUUAUUUGGAAUA